CCGUCCACAAUACCAGCACGGAAGCCGUUUACAUCUCCGAAGACGAGCAGGCUAGGUUUAUCUACGUAGCAUGUAUUUGCGUACCUUUUGUGUGUUGCAUGAUCUAGUAUGGAUUUUGAGGAGUGAAGUUUGAGGACUGCAUUUUGCUAGGUUAGGUUGUAGAUGCUCUUGGAGCCGGUCAAAAGGCGCGAUGUGUGGAUGUCCAAUGAAGUGAGGAGACCUUUUGCGGUUUUGCCCCGAUCCACGAUUCAGACGUGAGAGCUUGCCGGUGAGGCUGCACUCCGGCCGUCCGGCGGCAGCGGGCAUGGAGGGCCACUUUCUGGCCACCACGAGCUUUGGGCAGUGUGGGUCCGUCCCUCGCAAUUCAUAAGGCGUGGAGCAAGAAAAGCAGUGGGAUCGCGCCGCGGCGCGGUCCGGGAAGACGAGACGAGAUGAAACCCUAGGCGCCGCGGCGGCCGGAUGCAUCUGUGUCGGUGAUCGGAGGCGUGUCGUCGGAGCGCACGCCGGAGAGAAAACAUAGAGGCUGCAAUCUCGCGACUUCAAUUACCCCACGGCGGAUCGUGUUCGUGUACAAGUAGGAUUCCGGUUCAGGCAAGGCAGGCAUGUUUCGUCCGGCGUUCGGAGUCGCGGCGAGGACCCUGCUGUGGCGGUUCUGCGGCCAGGCCACGGCUGCUCGAUCUCUGUCGAGGCCGGUCGGAGCUAGCAUGCUAAGAUACCUACACUCUCAGCAGGCGAAUGCUGCAAUUGCUACUGCUGGCCACCGCUAUGGCCUUUUUCGCAGGUACCUCAAACCGCAUGCCAUGGGAAUAGCCGGAGUUGGUGUUGGACUUUGGUACACCAACAAGAAACUCCCCCGGUUAUACAAUGGACUUUGGUACGCGAUAAGAUUAUGAACAAGAGCCCCAUCCUGUCAGAGAUUGGACUUUGGUAUGAUAAGAUUAUGAAAAGGGACCUACCUCCAUCAGAGAUUGACUGGGAUGUCCCUUCCGGUGCCGACGUCUCUGAAGCUGACUGGGUUAAAACUUGUGUCGUCUCUUCGGCAGACUGGGUCGCCGAGGUUGAUUGGGUUGAAGCUGGUGCGGCCUCUCCGGUUGUGAGGAAUCAACGUCAUUGUGGCUGCUGUUGGGCGAUGGCUGCUGCAGCCUCAGUCGAGGCUAUGCAUUACCUGAAGACCUCCAAGUCAAUCUCGCUAUCUGUUCAAGAGCUCAUCGACUGUGACACAAAGAGCAAAGGGUGUGACAGCGGCCUCAUACAGAAUGCUUUAAGGUAUGUACAAGAAAAUGGACUCUCAAGUGAACCCCACUACCCAUACAAGGGUGAGAGGAGUAUAUCGGGUUGCAAGCAGAACAAAAUAGCAGCAACAUCAAGGAUAUCUGGGUUUCAAUUUGUCGACCCAACCGAGGAUGCUCUAGAGAAAGCGGUAGCUAGGCAGCCUGUGGUUGUCAGUUUGCACUGUUCUGAUGGCCUGAUGAGGUACUACAAAGGAGGCAUCGUGGAUUAUGAACCUGUCAGCGGCAUGACCAACGAGGAACACUAUGUCCUGAUUGUUGGUUAUGGCAUCGAUUCCAAUGGCGUCAAAUACUGGCACUUCAAGAACUCGUGGGGACCAAACUGGGGCGAAGGGGGGUUUGGGAGGAUCCGCAGGCAUGUUGACGACAAACGAGGAGCGUUGGGGAUUUUCCUGAAACAAGGAGUAUAUCCGGUGCUUAAUUAAGGACUGAUGACCUUUUCAUGUAAGGCUGGAUCUUUCUUUUGUUAGCAAAAUUGUAUCCCUUGCCCAGUUGCAAUGAUACAUUCAUUUUACCUUUGCUGGUGUAAUUGCAGCUUACAAUCUUCUUGUCUAUGUGGUGAAUCUAGUCUAUGUUGGAGAUCUUCCUAGCGAAACUUUAUCUUCCUUCAUCUAUAUUUUGCUAGUGAAAAUUAUUGUCCGUAGAUCCUUCACUGUAAGACUUUGUUUGGCAUUGUGAUGGAUAACUAUAAUCCCAUUUGCCUAACCAGGUUUUCUGAUUGUUUAGUGUGGUAUAUUUCCUAUUUCUAUGUAUAGCUAUUUUUUGUAACCCUUCCAUGACAAAUUAUAAAGAGUAAAUUACAUUUCUUUUUA